AUGGCGCAUCCCACGAAUGUUCCCUGGUAUGACGCAUACCCUAAGCCCUCGACCCUCACCCCGCCAGUUAUAUCGAGAGCGGAACUACUUGAAUGGAUCAAGCAAGGAAAAGAAGCGGGUAAUGAUUACCUCGUCGUCGACUUGAGGAGGGACGAUCACACAGGAGGCUUCCUUCGGGGAUCCCUCAACCUCCCUAUUGAGAGCUUAUACCCUGCUCUACCCACUAUUUAUAACCUGGUCAAGGCGGCAGAUAUCCAAACUGUUAUCUGGUACUGUGCUGAUCCUGCAUCCUGCACAGUGACCUCGCGAGGACGCGGAUACCGAGCAGCGGCAUGGUUUGGCGAUUUCUUGGCUGAAAGGAACGAGUUAGGGAUCAAGAGCGUCGCGCUUUUUGAAGGUAUUCUGGGAUGGGCGCUUGCUGGGGACGAAUACACACAGCAUAUUGAUGAGUUCGAUCCAACGGCCUGGAAGAAGGAUGAUGCCUCCAAGCACACCUGCCAGUUGAAAUAG